AGGAGGAGGAGGGGGAGGAGGAGGAGAAAGUAUCAUUGGCAGCCUUUAAAUCCAUGAUUACAGUGUGCUAGGCAUCAGGAAUAUCUAAUGCUACCAGAAACAAACUAAAGUAUUAUUGCUUUGUUUAAAUUUGUGUAUUCUUUAAUACUGAUCCACUCAAAUGGUUUCCUAGCACCACUAUAUAUAUGGAAUAUGGAAUAUAUAUAUAUUCCAUUUGAUAGUAUAUGACUAUCAGUAUUGAGGAGCUACCUGGGGGUGGAAGAGAAGACUGAUUUUGUUGAAAUCUGCCUAAUGUGACAAUUCCCUUCUCUUUCAAGAGAAAUUAAUCAUUUCAUCUUGUUCUCACGCUCUAGCCAGAAGGUGAGAGUGGAUGCUAAGCCUGACAAUAGGUUUCGUUUAGCUGAGCUUGGAACGAGCUGGUUUGUUGAACUGACGAAUGUCUUGCCCUUAUGAUUUACCUUCUGUGUUCACAAUUAGCUGAUCUUCUUAAUUUUGAACUGGAUAUGUACUGCACAGGCCCAGUCCUGCCUUGAGACUGCUCUGCCCUCCGGUGCAAAUAAUCCACACAGAAGCCUUAUCUCUGUCAGUUCUCAACUCUCCAACAGCUCUCUUAAGUAGAUAGGAAACAUACAACGCUGCCAUUCUAUAGCUUACAUCAUCUUGCCAGGUUUGUCUCUGUAGCGUGUGACACGGACCAGUAGAGAAUGCAGAAUGAUUCUGGGCCAGGAUAGGAGUAUCCACUGGGAAUAUCAAACCAGACACUUUAACUUCUCCCCAAAUACAGAGUACUUGCACACCGGCAGCUACCUCCAAUUUCUUAAACACUGUUGGUCUUAUAGUGUGAUUGUGUGUUUUUGCAUUUUGGAAUUGGGUUAGAUGAUGAUGAUGAUGAUGAUGAUGAUGAUGAUGAUGAUGAUGAUUUUAUUACUGGAACAGAAAAAGUCAAGGACAGUUAGAAACAGGGGAAACCUCAACUUUCCUGCAUGUUAUCAGUCCAAGAAUGGUAAUGAAAAUAUAAAUGUCAAAUCAUUGAGUAUCAACGUGGGAGAGGGGUUGGGGUUGAGGGUUACUGAUGAAUUUGGUCAGAUGAUACGGGGGAGAGAGGGCAGGGCACAGAUGCGAGGGGGCACCUGGUGUUAAUCUUCUGUUGCGUGUUCGCAAGGCCACAGAGUCAGAGCACUUUGUUAAGGUCCAGCCGGCUUCUGCAGACAGAAAUGGAGCAAGUUGGAGAUUAAUACAUGUGGUUCUAACCACCUCUCAGAUCUUUACAGCUAAACAUUAUUUAUAGAAAUCAAUUAGCCCUCUGUCUCUGCAAUUUUGGUAUGAGCUUCUGUCCAAGUUUCUGGCGAGCUCUUGGAGAGGAUGAUUGAUGGUAAACUUUCAGAAUGAACGAAAAAUGAGCGUUUCCCCCCUAGGAACUGGUAAAGCAGAGAGAAAGGUAAAUGAUUAAAAAAAAAUCCACACUUUGCACGUCUCUAGAAGACUACCACAGAAUCAGCAUGGCCCUUGUUCCUAUGCUAGCUGGUUGCCUUUUCUUCCCUUUUCUCUCACACAAUAGUCUGCUCUCGGCUGCGGAAGCUUUAGGAAAGCUUGGUACCUGUAGCUGAAGUUGCGAGAAAUGAAAAGGUUCAGUCACUUGCCAAGCUAGUAAUUACUGAUACUUCUAAGGGGUGAAGAAGUCCAGGGGAAGAACAACAAGGCUCUCACAUUUCCUCUCACGGAAACUUGUGAGAGAUAGGAGCUGCCUACUGGCCUGCGUCGAACGAAUCCAGGAGCCAAGGAGUAACAAGUAAACUCCAUUGCAAGGAAGACACCUAUUGAUUUGUUCCACAACUCUAGUCUUAUAGGGUGAUGUCAAAGAGCAUCCUCUGCUAACUGUGGCAUCUACCUCAGGCUGGGAAAUGAAAUGACUGGGGUGCCUUGAAAUUGAAGCUCUCCUCAGAAGAGAGUUUUGUUGGUUUGUUUGUUUGCUUGCUUGCUUGCUUGUUGUCUUUUUCUCUUCUUUGAAUAGUUUUGGGGAGUAGUUAUAUACAGGCUCAUUACUACCAAUAAUAAGUGGACUGAGCACUAACUGGGGGGUCUGAGUCAUUCUGAGGCUCAGGGAACACGGAGGUAGAGAGCAUUUCCGGGAUCUAAGAACAAGAGAAGAGGGCAGUGUGCCACCAAAGGAUGUCUCCUGGAUAUGACAUGGCUUUUGCAAUCACAAACUCAGUGAGCCUGUAGCCUAUCGACAUUUCACGAGGUGGGGGUGGGAAGGAAAGAACAAAUGAGGCCCCAUUCCUCCAUAAAAAACCACUAGCAGGUCAUGGUUGCAGGAGACAGAGUGGCAUUUCCAUCAGUGGUACCCCAAGUGAAAAGUGGCCCAUGCUCCUCUCACCUAUGCUCAUCCAAUUUUUUUUUCCUUUUCUAUUUUUCGGAGCUGGGGAUCGAACCCAGGGCCUUGCGAUUGCUAGGCAAGCGCUCUACCACUGAGCUAAAUCCCCAACCACUCAUCCAAUUUUUUAAGUAGAAGCUUCAGGUGAAAGAGAGGGAAAUGGUUAAAAAUAGUAAAACACACUAUAUAGAUGUAUGAAAUUGCAAAAGAAUAAAAGUUUUUUAUUUCAGAGUUUCUUAAGAAAGUAAAGACCAAACGUCCACAUAAAAUUAAAGUCUUAACUUCAAGGGAGGACAGCACCAGUCACUCAUGGAACACAGACCCAAGUGCUAUUGACCUUAACUGUUUUGAGAGUGUUUGAGGGAUCUUUGAUAUCUCAUGUUCAAGGUGUUAGUGGUAGCCAAAAGAAAAUAGAAUUCCAGUGGGGGGUCAUGUUGAGAACCAUGAAAGAUACUAGAAUGUCCUCACUCGUGUUUGGCUUCCUCCUCUGGGCGUGAAUGAACACCACAGUGGUCACUUGUCACAGAGACAUGCUGUGAGGAUCCAUAGGGUCUGGAGAAAAGGUGCUUUGCAUGCUGGAAACACAAUAGAACCACUGGGGGAGCAUCGUCGGGAUUCAGCGGAGACAAAGGCUGCCCUUCAAAGACAGACAUUUCACUUGCAGCAAAAUAAUAGGAAGGAGGUUCGCUUGCUUUGCGCAGAGGCUGAGCUACAGGAGAAAGCAGAGCCAAUGUGAUUUAUUGAAUGAAAGCACUAGACACUUACCAGCAACUUGUUCCUCUGCUGCCUCGAAGAGCUUAAGCAGGAACUACUGCUCAAAAAUGACCCAACAAAUGCAGAACUUACAUCUCUCUCAGUCAAAAAAGCACAGUGCGCCCUCGUCUCCCAAUGCUGCCAAGCGACUGUACAGGAACCUCUCGGAGAAGCUGAAGGGCAGCCACUCGUCCUUUGAUGAGGCCUAUUUCAGAACCAGAACGGAUCGGCUGAGUCUCAGAAAGACCUCUGUGAACUUCCAGGGCAACGAAGCCCUGUUUGAGGCAGUUGAGCAGCAGGACCUGGAUGCUGUGCAACUCCUCCUCUACCAGUAUACACCAGAAGAACUAGAUCUGAACACACCGAACAGUGAAGGGCUGACACCGCUGGACAUCGCCAUCAUGACCAACAACGUGCCCAUUGCGAGGAUUCUUCUGCGGACGGGGGCCAGAGAGAGUCCACACUUUGUCAGCCUGGAGAGCCGAGCAAUGCAUCUCAACACACUAGUCCAGGAGGCCCAAGACAGGGUGAGUGAGUUGUCUGCCCAUGUGGAGAAUGAAGGCUUCACUCUGGACAACACAGAGAAGGAGAAGCAGCUGAAGGCCUGGGAGUGGAGGUACCGGCUCUACAGUCGCAUGAAAACUGGCUUCGAACACGCCCGAGCCCCAGAGGUGCCAGCCAAUGCCUGUCUCAUGGUAACCAGCAGCACGUCUCUCACAGUCAGCUUUCAGGAGCCCCUCAGUGUCAACGCAGCUGUGGUGACCAGGUACAAAGUGGAAUGGAGCACGUCUAAAGACUUUUCCCCUUUGGCUGGAGAGAUCAUCAUGGACAACCUGCAGACCCUGAGGUGUACAAUCACAGGACUCAUCACGGGCCAACAGUAUUUUGUUCAAGUCUCAGCUUACAACAUGAAAGGAUGGGGACCAGCUCAGACCACCACGCCAGUGUGUGCCUCCCCCUCCAACUGGAAAGACUAUGACAACAGAGAGCCCAGACACAAGGGACAGAGCGAGGUUCUGGAGAGCCUGCUGCAGCAGGUCCGAGCCCUUCAUCAGCAUUGCAGCUGCAGGGAAAGCUCAAAACUGCAAACCACAGGCCGAAAGCAGUCGGUGUCAAGGAGCCUGAAGCACCUAUUCCAUUCCUCAAACAAGUUUGUGAAGACCUUGAAACGAGGACUCUACAUAGCCGUUAUAUUUUUUUAUAAAGACAAUAUGUUAGUCACCAAUGAAGACCAAAUUCCAAUCGUUGAAAUAGAUGACUCUCACACCAGUUCUAUUACACAAGAUUUUCUGUGGUUCAUGAAGCUGUCUUGUAUGUGGGAAGACAUCAGGUGGCUAAGGCAAAGUGUGCCCAUCUCCAUGUCCUCAUCCACAGUGCUGCAAACUCGGCAGAAGAUGCUUGCCGCCACGGCCCAGCUACAGAAUUUACUUGGAACACACAACUUGGGAAGACUCUACUAUGAGCCUAUUAAAGAUCGCCAUGGCAACAUCCUCAUAGUUACCAUCAGAGAAGUGGAGAUGCUUUAUUCCUUUUUUAAUGGCAAAUGGAUGCAAAUCUCAAAACUGCAAAGCCAGAGGAAGUCUCUGUCAACACCCGAAGAGCCAACAGCCUUAGAUAUUUUACUAAUAACCAUCCAGGAUAUUCUGUCCUAUCACAAGAGGAGUCAUCAGCGGCUCUCGCCUGGACUGUAUCUCGGUUACCUAAAGCUAUGUAGCUCUGUGGAUCAGAUCAAAGUGCUCGUAACCCAAAAGCUGCCCAACAUUCUCUGCCACGUGAAGAUCCGUGAAAACCAUAACAUUUCCAAAGAGGAGUGGGAGUGGAUCCAAAAGCUUUCUGGCUCUGAAUCUAUGGAAAGUGUGGAUCAUAAUGCUGACUGCCCCGUGCGAUUGUUCUUCUACGAGCUCCAGAUGGCAGUGGCGGCUCUCCUGAAGCAGAUCAAUAUACCUCUACACCAGGCAAGGAACUUCCGCCUCUACACACAGGAGGUGUUGGAAAUGGGUCACAAUGUGUCCUUUCUUCUCCUGCUCCCUGCCUCAGACGACGUCUGUACAGCCCCAGGACAGAAUAAUCCCUACACCCCGCACUCAGGGUUUCUUAACCUCCCUCUUCAGAUGUUUGAACUCGUUCAUUUUUGCAGCUACAGAGAGAAAUUUAUUAGUCUGUAUUGCCGCCUUUCUGCUGUUGUGGAGUUGGACUCUCUGAAUACCCAACAGUCCCUGAGGGAAGCAAUCUCAGACAGCGAGGUCGCAGCUGCCAAACAACGACACCAACAAGUGUUGGACUUCAUUCAGCAAAUCGAUGAAGUCUGGCGCGAGACGAGGUGGAUCAUGGAUGCUCUACAAUACGCAAGAUACAAGCAACCAGUCUCUGGCUUGCCCAUCACUAAGCUGAUAGACUCCUCCAAUGAGCAGAACCUAAAGAAGAUCAGUUCUACAUCAUCACACAUAGACUGCCUUCCAUCGACAUCCCCAUCCCCAGAGAUGCACAGAAGGAAGGCCAUGAGCGAAUCACAGCCCUGCUCUGACGAAGAAGGCUGCUCAGAAGUCUUCCUCCCAACAGACAGUGACUAUGACUCCAGCGAUGCCCUGAGCCCACGAGACCUGGACCUGGUUUACCUGUCAUCACAUGACAUUGCCCAGCAGGCCCUCAGCGGCCUCAGUGGCAGUGCCCCAGAUGUCCUACAGGUACAUGACAUGAAAGCCUCCAUGGGACCUGGCCAGGACCCUCAGGGCCCAGUGCAGGGUCCUGACAUCGACCACUCAUGUGUAGAGUUUCUCCACAGCCUGACCCUCACAGGCUUGGCACCCAAGAACCAUGCCAAGAUGGUGCCAGGCACAAGGCCGCCACUAGGCUUCCUGGGAAAGCGGAAGCCAGGCAAGCACCAGCACUAUGGUGGCUUUAGCCGGCACCACCGCUGGCUGCGCAUGCACAGUGAGACGCAAUCGCUGUCACUCUCUGAAGGUGUUUAUACUCAGCAUCUGUCUCGGGCCUGCGGCCUGGCUGAGGAUCCUGGGGAAGCAGAGGAGCCUGGACCUGUGGUGGAUGGGCCCCGGGGCCUGCCUCUGGCCCAUGCAGCCAGCCUCCCAGAGGAGCGGAGGAGCUGCCUCCAGGACCCAAAACGGCCGCUGCACAGAGUCUAUGUGGAACCCUAUUCAGACACACUUGCAGGCCAGGACACAAAGCUGUGGACCAGUUUGAGCCCUACCCCUGCAGGCCGCAGAAGUCUGCCAAGCUCCACUAGUUCAGAGAUGAGUCCAGACCCUACAUCCCCAGUUUCAGAGAUUCUAAGUAGUAUGCUUUAGGGUGGCCCACACGGGCUGUCUAUUAGUCCCCUGCUCUUCCUUGUAUUUCUUCACCAUAGCCCUAUCCCGUCCCUCUGUGUCCUCACCUAUUUCAAAGUAUUGAAAGUUAGAAAUCUAAAGGUUGGUUACACAUACAAGGAUUUUUUUUUCCAAAGUAGGCAACAGGAUGAGGAAGGGGGUCCCACCCUCCUCACCCUAGAAAAAUCUAUGGAGUCUGAGACCUGUGAUUCAAACACAUAGCUCCUUCUGUGGCACCUGUGGCUGAGAUUGGCCAGCCAUUUAAUUCUGCAACUUUCUGGUCAUAUCAACCCUGGGCUGAGUUUGUGGUUGAUGAAGGAGUUCUGCCGGUGAAAGUAAAAAUAACAUAGCUAUUCCCUCCAAUCCAAACUUUCAGAAGAUGCAGCCCAUGUGCAUCUCAAGGGCAGAGACUCAAACAGACUUGUGCUGGGUUUUCUCUCAACUAAACCAGGAGAAUAUUCUGAACCACAGGAUCCUCAGGACUCCCCAGGUCCAAGUCUAUCCAUCAACACUUGCCUGGUUUGGUGAGUCUUGGAAAGGUUUUUUCCUUCACUGACAGUUAUGUGGAGAACAUCAGAAACAAAAGUGGAGGACACUCUUUUCUGGCCCUGUUUUUCCCGAGAUAGAAUAGGGCAGGAAGUAGCCUUGCUGGCACCCUCAGAUCCCAUUCAGUCCUGACAAUGAGCAGUAAAUUAUUCCAGUGUGCAAGGGGAUGGCUGGGUUGAGUGAGAGCCUGAAUUACAGCAACAAAAAGGGGAAAGAGAAGAGGACAAAAGUCCCUUUUCCUUACAGCAAACCAAAUGAGUCCAUGGCGCCUGUACCCAUUUAGACUGACAGUGAAUGCCCACCAGAUUUUAAACCGAUCAGUUAUUGAGCAAGAAUGUGUCUACCAGACAUGGUAAGGUAGCGAUGUGUUCCUCUAAACACCAGAGGCACAUCAUCCACCCAUCACCCCUCAUCCUCAAGACUGUUAAGGACUGGGGUGGCUGGGGUGACUUUCACUCUGUUCCUUACAGAGUGAGUUUUCCCUCCAUGGUCAUCUGGCCCGUUGACCACACAGGAAGUCUUUCCUUAGUAGUUCUGGCCCAUAGUUUACACCAAGCAUAUGCUCAGUAAGACCUGGAAAUCCUGCUUUCCCCACACUGCCUCUAACCUGAAUUUCUCAAAAGUGAGAAACUCAACCAGAGAACACACUGUGUAUUCAAGAAAGGCACAGCUCUCCUAAAGUCAAGACCCAUUCAGUCCACCACCAUUCUAAAUGGUCCCUUUCUGCAUAACAGGUCUUUCAGUUAACUACUGUUCUGUUAUCCUGCUCCCGACAUUGCUACUCUUUGAAAGUUCAUGCAAACUCUUAUGUUCACGAUGGUGUUCUAAUUCCCUCUGUUUUUUUUUUUAAUUGUAAUACAAUUAAUCACCCUGGGCAAAACCAUAGCUUUGGCCAGUGACCUAUGGUCAUUAAAAAAACUAAAGCUAUUGUCUCAGUAUUUUUUUAAGAGUUUUUUUAUGCUUAGUGAACUCUUAAAGAAUCUUGAUUUAAAUGUCUGCUGGGCAAAAUGGCACACACCUUUAAUCCCAGCACUUGGGACGCAGAGACAGGCAAAUCUCUUUUGAGGUCAGCCUGGCCUACAAAGUGAAUUUCAGAACAGCCAGGGCUGUACCACAGAGAAACCCUGUCCUGAAUAACCAAAAAAUAAAUAAAAUGUCUAGAGUUUCUUUGCCAUACCUGGGAGGAUUUUAAAAUUCAGUUUUCUUCUGUCUCUGUGAAUUAUGGAAGGAAUGAAGUUAUGUAUUUUAAGUGCUUGGCCUUACAAAUAGGUCACUUAAGGCCAGAGAGGUAAAGUGAUUUACUGAAGGUUGUAAGAACUGACAAUGCCAGGAUUAGAUCUCAAAAACCUCUCCACUGGAAACUGGUACAGACUUUGCCAACCACUGAUUGUCUAACCUGCGCUCUUUACCUCAUAAAACCAUCUACUUAGGCCAAACUUGAAUCUGUCUUCAACCUUUACCUAACAAGUUUUUGACACCGCGAAUCUCUUUAUUACCGGAGAACACACACUUUAUCAAUAGGCAAAGUCAACAAACCAAAACCAAAUGUAGGAGGAAUGACCACUCAAAUUAGAGCUCUUCAUUAAUAGCAGAAAUGGCAGAGUUGCCUACACUCGGUUUUUACUCACUUCUAAUUAGAAGAGGGAUUGGACAUGCUGAGUGCGUUUGUAAGGUGAAUUUCUAGGACUAUCAAGCACGGAGAAGUUAAGCAACUCUGGUCCUGACAUUCUACUGGCAUAAGGGACAGUCUAUGACCAUGAAUUAGAUGGGGGACCUUCGACAAGGAGUCAAAGAAUAGGCUCACCCACUUUCCCAACUGCAUUAAAUAAAAACCUACUCGUUUAUAUUAGGGUUAAUUUUUUCAUUUCCCAGGAGAAAAAGAAGCAUGUCCGUGGAAUGAAUAGUAUGCAGUAGACUUCCACGGACGCGCUUAACUCAGUUGGAAAUGUUAUUUGCUAACAAUAUUCCCAUAUGAAAUUGUUAUGUUACAGCCUUGAUAAUUACCUAUUCAUUCAAGGAAACAGGCUUACACCUGACCUCACUUUGAAAACCUGUGAACCGACCUUAAAUUAACGCACUGUGGGAGAAAUGACUGUGUUCUCUACUUCACAAUUUUGUACUGAUGACAUACAUUUUGAUGACACACACGGGAAACUUAGAAUACCUAUGAUUUUUUUGUUGUUGUUGUUUUAUUUUGGAGAUGAUGAAUGUGGCCUUUUAUUCUUUUCAAAUACAGUGUAAGAGGCUCUUGAGGAAACUUCCCAAUCCAAACUCUCUUUUCCAGUUUUUCAAAUCUCCUUUACACAGACCUGAAAUAGCCAUCUCCCAUCCUUCAGGAAGACCCUUAAAAAUCACGGAACGUGGCUCUCCCCUAUCUCUCUAUGUUCUAAGCUGGACAAGGAACGAAAGAGUCAAGAAUGAAACACAUUCUGAGGCCACAGAGCACUCCCAAUCUAAGAACAUAGCCACACACUAACCAUAUGUCAGCUCAUGGAUAUAUAGAAGAGGCAGCAGCCUGUUGCAGACAGACAGACAGACAGCAUGUGCCUGGCUAGAGGUCUCUGGCUGCACUCCUGCCGUCUACUCACGAGGGAGUACAUUCUGGAAAAUGAAACUCAUUCUGUGUAAAUGUAAAUGCAACCACUCCCGUGGCAAAGCUAUCACAUCCUCUAAUUGGUGAGGGUACCUGGGACACAGUAAUUAAAACCAUUAACCCCAGGGAAGGGUUUAUUUUAAGAAGCGGGUACUUAAAGAUGAGCUCCACCGGGUCUUAAGAACAUUCACUAAUGCUCAAAGCAAUAAUUAUACUGAAGAAAAUGGUUCCAUUUGGUUCAAAAACUGAAGCCAGUUACAAAUAAUAUCCUGCCAGCCCCCUUUCCUGAAGGAUUCCAAAGCACUUUAUGAACAGCAAUGACUGAAGCCUUGUUGUAUUCCCCUAAAGAGACCUUGUCUGGGAGCCACCUGGCAAACACCUACUCCAUCCUUGCCAGGAGAUCCUGCCAGACAAGUGAAAAAGGAGACUGACCUCUCAUUCAUUGUUAUCCUGACAUACCAACAUGUACUCUGCAGAAGGUGAGCUCCGCCCUAGAAGUCCACUCUAGGGCAAGAAAGUACAGCAGAAAACCCAACUCUUUGGCUUCUUCUUGGUCUCCACACUCUACCCAAGACGUACUUAUUGUCUCAGACAAGUGUCACUUCACGCUGUCAGGGGUCUGCAGUGCAAUUUCAGGACCACAGCUCUGUUACUAGCACAAAGAAGUUCACUAGUUUCAGGAAAUGUCCACCGUAGUGAGAGGACACUGCCAGCUACGGUUUCCUAGUUUACUAAGUGUGCAUUUCUACAUGCCUGCUUAUUAAAAGCGAGAAAAUACCGAUUAGAGAAGGUAGUUCUGGAUUAACAUGAGAACACUCUAGCAAAUAUGUCUUUUCAUAAAGUCUAAAUGGUUUCCCAGAUGAUUCACUGAAGCAAAUUGAGGCUUCCUUGUAUAUCUUUAAGGAAACUUUUAAAGAAACUGUUUGGAAAGCAAUGGAAUCCCUUCAUAAGUCGUAGGGUCGAUGGUGGGGAAUGUCGAUCUCUGCUGGUCUCUUCUUCUAAGACGUCCAAACACAUGGCUCACGACUGUUAAGCUAAACUUCCAUGCAGCCUUACAAACAACAAGGGUAGUGUAUUUAAAACGAUGCUGUAUAGCUGGGGGAUGUAUCCUAAGAUCUUAAUUCGGAGUUCUUCUGAGGUGUUGGACUUUGCCAUUAGCAAAAAGUAUUUUUUUAGAGGAAACUCCAUUGACUGUUUAUGAAGCACUGAUUUUGCCAUACUUCAGGUCUCUGCUUUUUCCGCUGUACACAGUAGUCAUACUUGUGUUUUGACUGUAUCUUCUGCUACCGUUGAUGAAAAAAUUUGUCAAACGGUUAUUCAGUAGCAUAAUUAGUUUUGCCUAACAAUUGAGUAAACAAAUUUUUUUUUAAAAAAAGGGGGGGGCUUGUUUUGGUAAAGAAAGUAUAAAGUUUGUUAUUUUGUUGUUGUUGCUGCUGUUGUUGUUGUUGUUUAAAUAUUAUGCGAAGUCUUUCUUUCCCAGUUGUAAACACUUUUAAUUUCAACAAAAGCCAAUGUUUAACCUUAGUAGCAAGUGUGAGGGAGCUGCUAGAUAACGCUCUUUGCUUCUCUUCCUUCGAUCCACAGGAAUGUUUAACCAAACCCUCAUAGUAGCCAUUAGCUAAUAACUCAUUUACAAAGCGAAUUCUGGAGACUUAUUGUCAUCUGAGUUUCCACAUUGCUUCUUGCCUGGGGACAAAUCAGAUGUAUGGGGAUAAUCCAUGUAAAUGAUCAUAAGCAUCGUUUGAUGUUUGUGAAGGAAGAAGAAUCGGUGUUUGUGUGUGUGUGUGUGUGUGUGUGUGUGUGUGUGUGUGUAUGUUGCGCGCGCGCGCGCGCCCGCGUGCUGCGUGUUGCAGUGUGUGAGAGGUUUCAUAGACAUAAUUUAGGUGAUAUUGUAUUAUGCAGUGUUUGGUUGCUUCCAGCCUGCUGUGUACAUAGUAACCUGAUUAUUGGUUGUUCUUUGUCCAGUUCUUAUUGUAUCCUCUUGCCCUGUAUGAAACUAACUGUAGGUUAAAACGUAGACUUCGGUACAUUAUCUGCACAAUUUUGUGUGCUUUAUACCUCUGUAAAUAUGCAAAUGAAUCCUGUGUGGUAUGUUCAAUGUGACCUCCAUCUCAAAACAAUAAUAUGUUAUAGUAUGUAUAUUAGGAAACUAUUUGAACCUUUCACAUGGAUAUUGUGACUGGCCAGUACCCUUGGUUAAACGCAAUACUGGUGAAAUGCAUGUCUCUUUGGGAUGUAGUCAGGAAUGAACAAAAAUUAUGAUAAUUUUUAAUGGCAAUUAUUUUUGAUAAUUUCCUACCUGCUUCACUGUAUUUUCAAGAAAACCAAUGUCAACAUAAGAAAUGCUAGCUAUCCACGGGAAUGACUUCGUCUCAUAAGCGUUAAAUAUACUUGAUGUUUUACCCCAAUAUUGUUGAGACCAAUGUCAAGCAUAAAGAAGUCAACAGUAUUUUUGAUUCCUCACAUGAGAAAAAUUUUUUUGAUGUUUUAAGGGUAGUUGUGAACCCUUUGUCUUCAGAGUGGAGAAAUGUCGAUUCAAUAAUAAACUAAGAGAAUUCUCAGUAGCUGGCUUACCUAAUGCUUUUUCCAUGUCUCAGUGAAUAAAAAAAAAAAAUCCUUUAACCUGAGCUUUCAAAAUCUUAAAAUCGUCUCACUAAAAAUUUGUAAGCUAUUAUUUGGGACAUUGUUUUGACCAGUGUCAGCAAAGUCUACCCAGUUAGCUCUUGUUCCCUUGAUAGCAUCAGGACAUUUCUCUUAAUGUGCCAUUGCAAAGUAUUGACAGCUAUGGCAUCAGAUUACCAUGGUAAAUACCCCACGGGGAUGCCGCUUGCCUAUUGGAACCUCAUUGCUUCCUCCUUUGAAGGCAUGUUUAACACCCCUAGUGCAUUCUGCAUGACCCUUCUCUCUCCACGGGCUCUGUCUGCCCCUUCUACUUCCACACCUGCAAGGUUCCUCCUUUCCCUAUGGUUCUGGCUGAGAUUUGACAUUUCAUCCAUUUCUGAAACACCAUAGAGAUCACUUCUGUCCCAGGAAUCUACACGAAGCUCCUCCUGAAUCUCCAAGAAUAGGAAACUGUGCUUCGUGUCACUCUUGUCUUAGGUUCUUUUCCCGAAGUCUUUUCAAUACAUAUGUGUAUACAUGCACAGGCAGGCACACACGCACACAUGCACAUACACACACACAUUUAUUGGCAUGUUUGUGGCCAGCUUUUCUGACAACCUCAAAAGGCUGAUUUUGUGAUUCUGGCCAAAUGUGCUGUUUUCCUGUGUAAACCAUCGCCUUCUAAGUAAACCACUACUUACUUUUCUUAAUUCUGCCUUUAAAUAAAAGUUUGCCUUCUUUUUCAAACCAAA